UUGAUAUGUAACAUGAAUUAUUCCCGUAUGACGGCCUGUAUAGAGACAUUCGUUUCCUAUCUGUGCACAUUGACUGGGUUUGUGUGUCACUAGUAAGAAUCCCUGUCCUCUCCCUCCUCCUCCCCACGGCUCAUUCUCCAGGUUGGAGGUGGGAUGCUCUCAGCAGCGCAGCUGAGUCUGUGCUUUGCGCUGGGCUCGGAUGCUGCAUCCAGAAUGAGGCGCCUCCUGCUAACACCUUGCGUUGCCUCGCUUCAGCAAAAGACCGAAAAACAAAUGGAAUCUCUUUAGUGAUUCGUUCACAUCCUCCGCGUUGCCUUUUCUAAAACACGGUGUAAGUCUCUCUCUGACAGCAGCAGCUUCAGUGAGGGAUUAGGGAAACCAGAUAAAGAGCACUGCAAACACUCUCCCGGCGUCUGCAAACAGGUGUUUCCAUCCUAUGGCUGCGCAUUGAGCUUCAUUCACGACUAUCUGCCUGCCUGAAUACCAUGUGCGCGGCCAUGUAGUUUAGCAAAACCGCUUACAGAGACUGGGUUUGUGCGUUUUUGUUGUGAUGCUGAGAAAAUUAUACAGUUGGAGGAACAUGCAGCGUGCUGUGCUCAAAGUCUUUGUACAGCUUCACGGUGGAACGUGUGGUUUUUAUUUUUUAAGUUUCACUUUUUUCUCGGGGAUACGACGGACAAUUCCUGAAUAACGCCCAAAUUCACGAAAAAUGAUUCAUUUGGAGAUUAUCUAACAGGCUCCAGCGCACUACUGGGACUAUUUUAUUGUCUGCUCCUCACAGUCCACUUUGCAGAUUCCUUUAUUAUUUAACGAGUCGUUGUAGUUGCCUCAGAUUGUCACCACUGCGCCUGGACAUUUCACCUCAGAAUCCAGUUUUCUGGAUUCAAAGGGGGUGAUUAUCUUCAAGCUUCUCCGGAAGUUUUUUCCACACCGCUGCCAAACUGGCCAUGGCUGCAGCGAUUGCCAGCUCCCUCAUUAGGCAGAAAAGGCAGGCGAGGGAGCGGGAGAAGUCUAAUGCCUGCCGCUGCGUUAGCAGCCCCAGUAAAACCAAAGGAAGCUGUGAAAAACCCAGUCGACUGAACGUUUUCUCCCGGGUCAAACUCUUUGGUUCCAAGAAGAGGCGAAGGAGACGACCAGAGCCCCAGCUGAAGGGGAUUGUGACGAAGCUGUAUAGUCGACAAGGUUUCCACCUGCAGCUGCAAGCAGAUGGAACCAUUGAUGGAACGAAGGAGGAGGACAAUGGUUACACCAUGUUCAACCUUAUUCCAGUGGGGCUGCGAGUGGUGGCCAUCCAGGGAGUGCAGACCAAACUCUAUCUGGCUAUGAACAGUGAGGGCUAUCUGUACACAUCAGAACACUUUACGCCAGAGUGCAAAUUCAAGGAGUCGGUGUUCGAGAACUAUUAUGUCACAUACUCCUCCAUGAUAUACCGGCAGCAGCAGUCGGGCAGGGGCUGGUACCUCGGUCUGAACAAGGAAGGAGAAAUCAUGAAGGGGAACCAUGUCAAGAAGAACAAACCAGCAGCCCACUUCCUUCCCAAACCUCUAAAGGUGGCAAUGUACAGAGAGCCAUCCCUCCAUGACUUGACAGAGUUCUCCCGCUCUGGCAGCGGCACGCCCACCAAGAGUCGGAGUGCCUCAGCAGUGCUCAACGGAGGCAAAGCCGUGAGCCAGAAUGAGUCGACGUAGCCCGGUAGCCGAACCCAGGCCUGUGGCCGAACCACGAAAACCUUACCUCCAGCAGAGCGUGAAUCCAAGCAGACUUCUCUCACCGAUCAGCGGUUCAGGACUAGCUACGACAACAAACAACACAUAAACACCCAGACACCAUCAAUAAUAAAAAUCUAAAAAAAAAAAAAAAAAAACAGUUAGGCACCAUCUUUGUCAAUCAUUGUUUCUGUCUCAAAACAGCAUCAGAAGUAAGAAACUUAACGACACAUAAACCAUUCUGGACUUUAAAAAACAAAGUAAAAAUUUUUGUUUUGGGCUUGAGAUUUAUUUAUUACCCUGAUCACUCUCUUUUGGUGAUAUCGCGUUCCAGUUAGCUCAUCGUUGUUUUAUUUUUCUUAAUUUCCUGUGGACAAUAAUUUUUCUUAGAUCAUGUAGACACCAAGCACUCGUGCAUCUGUCAGACAGGGACAGGAAGUUAGACAUGUAGGCAUUCAGGGCAGCCAGUAAUGGUGCUGGUCUACGAGGCUGCAGCGGUACAGUACAAGCCCUGAUCUCUUGUCUCAUCCAUGCUUCUGUGAAUACAAAGCCUAUAAACUCCCUGGUGUGGCACAGCCUAGAGCUGCUGGGACUGUGGCCAGCCAGAUGGUAGCUCUCCUGCGUCCUAGUGCACACGCUCAGAGACUGAGCUCUCUAGCAUGGGAAACUGAAGCCUAUGUUCAGCUGACCUGAAAUAUAAGGGACAGCGUGGCUCUCCUGCAGUUUUUUUUUCUUCUUUUUGGAGAUGCCACAGCUGCACCUUGUUUUUUGCUAAUUUUCUGAAUUAGCAGAGAGCUUUUUAGUUGAUAACUGGUUUUGUUUUUGUCCCCUCUUGUUCUCUUCCCUUGCCAUUGUUCAGUAUUUGUAUUUUUUCGUUGCUGUUCCAUUAUUGAAAGGGGUUCCAGCAAACCAAAGACAGAACGAAAGAGUGUCCCUUUAAGCCGCUGAAAACCAAGCCAGUAUAAAGGCAAAGCUGGAAUUUUUUUCACUGUACAUUUUUGAUGAAAGAAGGCAAAAGUUUUGAGGGGGGAAAAAAAGGAACAAUGGACACAGGAAGUGAUUUUAAACACGUUGGAGUUGGCAGCGUGCUUGAUGUCGUGCUUUUUGCUGAUAUGCUCAAUGACAGAGGUAUAUGAAACGUUUAUUCUGUGUCCCCAUUCCCUUCUGUUACCUCUGUGUUCACAAUGUCGCUGUCUCUUGUCCUUGUGAUCUGUUUCUUCCCUCUGUGCUUGUGUCAUACUUCGACCCCCCCGCCCCCCCAACCUCCCCACAAUCCUUUUUUUGUCGACUUCUAUUGACUGAUACAGUUCACCAUAGGAAUAUGGUGCAAGCCCCUUCCCAGGAUGCUUGUUAUGUGUUUGAGUAACUUAUUGUGGUGACAAUAUUUUCUAUAUUUAAAAAAAGAAUACUGUGGACUUUUAGGUGGCUUAACAUUUUAUAGGACACGUCAUAUUUGUAAAAGUGAAAAAAGAAGAAAAAAAAACAUACAAAAAUGAACAUCUUCCCUUUCUUGCACAGGGCAUGUACAAACACAAUUAUGUACAAAAAGGACCCUUUUUGUGGGCUAUGUACUCUUCCCUUCAGCUACAUAACUUCUUUCCAGUACAUGCUUCUGGGAGGCUUUCUUUUCUUGGUUUCCUCCGGAGGUGGUUUGUAUUAGGUGAACCUAUCUGUUGCAUGGGAGAAAGCAGGGAAAUUCUGGUCUAGAGCUGCAUGAUGUAGGCUAUGUGUAUUAACCCAUGUUGGAUCAUGUAUUCCAAACUACCAGGCUAAAUCUGAUAAAACAACAUAUACAGGCAGACAUUGUGGCUGUCUGAUAACUUCCAGUUGUUUAUUAUUUGUUGUAUACACAAAAAUGCACUGAAUAAAAUGUUUAUAUUAAGAUAUACUUUUAAAA